CGGGAUGGAAGUGAAGGGGCGAGCGGCGGAACAGAGCGCGGCCCUCGGCCCCGGCCCUGCCUCGCUCCACACGGGUCUAUGCGGCCCCCCCGGAGACCAUGGGAUCCAGGAUCAAACAAAACCCAGAAACUACCUUUGAGGUGUAUGCAGAAGUGACCCACUCAGGAAUCAGCUGCAUUGGGAAAGAUCCUGAGGUGCGGAGGCAAUUCCCAGAGGGCUACAGUGACCAGGAAGUUCUACAGACUUUGACCAAGUUUUGUUUCCCCUUCUAUGUGGACAGCCAUGCAGUUAACCAAGUGGGGCAGAACUUCACAUUUGUGCUCACAGACAUUGACAGCAAGCAGAGGUUUGGAUUCUGUCGCUUGUCUUCUGGGGCCAAGAGCUGCUUCUGUAUCUUAAGUUACCUCCCGUGGUUUGAAGUCUUUUAUAAGCUGCUCAAUGUCUUGGCAGAUUAUUCAGCAAAAGGACAGGAUAGUCAAAGGAGUGAGCUCCUAGAAACAUUUCAUAAACUCACCAUCCCUGAGCCAGGAACCUCUGUUCAUCUCGGAGUGCACUCUUACUUUACUGUGCCUGACACCAGAGAGCUUCCCAGUAUACCUGAAAAUAGGAACCUGACCGAGUACUUUGUGGCAGUGGAUGUGAACAACAUGCUGCACCUCUACGCCAGCAUGCUGUACGAGCGCCGCAUCCUCAUCUGCUGCAGCAAGCUCAGCACUUUAACUGCCUGCAUCCAUGGCUCUGCAGCCAUGCUCUACCCGAUGUUCUGGCAGCACGUUUACAUUCCUGUUCUGCCCCCACAUCUGCUGGACUACUGCUGUGCCCCCAUGCCCUACCUCAUUGGGAUACACUUGAGUCUGAUGGAGAAGGUCCGAAGCAUGGCCCUGGAGGAUGUGGUGAUUCUGAACGUGGACACCAACACCCUGGAAACGCCUUUCGAUGACCUGCAGAGCCUCCCCAAUGACGUGGUUUCUGCACUGAAGAACAGAUUGAAGAAAGUCUCUACAACCACUGGAGAUGGUGUGGCAAGAGCGUUUCUAAAAGCACAAGCAGCUUUCUUUGGGAGCUACAGAAACGCCCUGAAAAUUGAACCUGGGGAGCCCAUCACCUUCUGUGAGGAGGCCUUCGUGUCCCACCGCUCCGCCGUCAUGAGGCAGUUCCUGCAGAACGCCAUCCAGCUCCAGCUCUUCAAGCAGUUCAUCGAUGGGCGCCUGGACCUGCUGAACUCCGGGGAGGGCUUCAGUGAUGUGUUCGAGGAGGAGAUCAACGCGGGGGAAUACGCAGGUAGCGACAAACUGUACCACCAGUGGCUCUCCACAGUGAGGAAAGGAAGUGGAGCCAUUUUAAACACAGUAAAGACCAAGGCUAACCCUGCCAUGAAGACUGUCUAUAAGUUUGCAAAAGAUCAUGCGAAAAUGGGAAUAAAAGAAGUGAAAAACCGCUUGAAGCAAAAGGACAUUGCUGAGAACGGGUGCUCGGCCGCGCCAGAGGAGUCCCUGCCCAGGACAGCACCCUCACCACUGGGGGAGAAGAAGGACCCUAAAUUAAGAGAGGACAGAAGACCAAUCACAGUACAUUUUGGGCAGGUUCGCCCCCCAAGGCCUCAUGUUGUCAAGAGACCCAAGAGCAACAUCGCAGUAGAGGGACGCAGGACGUCGGUUCCCAGCCCAGAACACCUGGUAAAGCCCAUGCGACACUAUACUGUCUUCCUCUCGGAGGACUCCUCUGAUGAUGAGUUUCAGCAGGAAGAGGAUCCUGUCUCUGGCUUCUCUGAAAACUUUUUCUUCUCUGCUCCUUUCGAAUGGCCCCAGCCGUACCGCGCCCUCAAGGAGUCGGACAGCGCGGAUGGGGAGGAGCCGGAGCGGGGCAGCCCCGAGAGACCCCGGGAGCUGCUGCCCCCCAGCCCCCUGCUCGCCAGCACGGCCACCGACAUCAACCUCCUGCAGGACAUCUUCCCAAACCUGGAGGUGGAGUCCCAGCCUCAGCCUCUGAGCCAAGCCAAGAGCCUGGAAGACCUGCGGGUGCCCGCGGAGGAGGCGGAGCAGCGCUGCACCUUCGACUACCAGAGAAUGGACUUGGGUGUGUCCGAGAGGAGCAGGAUUGUGCCAACCAUGAAGCUGUCCCACCCCUACAACAAGCUGUGGAGUAUGGGCCAUGAUGAUAUGGCCAUUCCCACCAAGUAUUCCCAGAGCUCACCAGAAAGGUCCCUGAGUGCCCUGGGAAACGUGCCCCCAGUCACCAGGAGACCCCGGAGCAGGGACAGUGGUCUGGCUCCCGCAGAGAAGGAUGAAUCCAAUCCUGCCAUUCAAGGGAACAUCACCAUUCCGAGGCCACAGGGAAGAAAGACUCCGGAACUGGGGAUAGUGCCACCACCACCAGCACCCCGGGCAUCCAAGCACCAGACUGCAACAGGGUCAGGGGAGACCCUCCCCACUCCCAACCGGGUCUCUGAUCUUAUCCCAGAGCCCUUUGGAGCGGGACACGUGUCCUUAGAGCCUGAAAUCCAGCAGUCUGGGAAUUACUGCCCUCACCCAUCUCAGCUGCUGUCCAGUGCUGGCAGCGCUGCCGAGAUGCUCCAGCCUGUCAAGGUGCAGGCAGAAGGUGCAGGUAAGGACAGUGACUUCCUGCUGGACCUGCUGGACCCGCUGCGAACGGCGGGCUGGGAGGGCCGGGCCCCACGAGGGCCCCCCAGCCUGCACAGCCCGGCCCCCACGGCUGCCUUUGGCCUGGGGGGAAGUGACUUUGUGCCUCCUCCAGCUGCACCAUUUGUCCAGCCCCUGGGCUACCCUUCCCCAGCCCCACCACCUUUUCUACAGGCAUCCCCUAAUCCCUUCACCCAGACACUGCCAGGAGCCCUUCCAGUGUCCCUGGUCAGAGCCCCGAGGGGCUCCUUCACCCCCUCCUUAGGUCACGCCUACAGCUCCAGCUUCAUAACACCCGGUGGCUUCUACCCACCACAGAGACCUCAACCCAACCUGUCAACUCUGUCCAUGCCAAACCUGUUCAGCCAGGCUCCAGCUGUGCCAGCAGCUGGUUCCCUGCUCCUGCAGAGCCCUUCUGCAGCCAGUUCCCUGCAGGCAGCGUGUCCCAGCGGGCCCCCCAAGCCCCCAACGUUACAGGUGGGCCAGGCCAGCACCAAGGUAGAUCCCAAACAGGCUCUGGCUCUCCUGGCCAAUGAACCCCCUCUGCUCCCUGCCAGGCCAGCCAAGGGCUUGGAGGCAGUGUUACUGUCCUCAAAGUCUGAGGAGACAAAAGAUCCAUUUGAAGAUCUGUUAAAAAAGACCAAGCAGGAUGUGUCACCCACGCCAGGUAAGGUGGAACAGCUCAGAAAGCGAUGGGAAACCUUUGAGUGACACUCGAUGGCCUUGGUGUCCCUUUGGGAGUGACAGAGGGGUUUUGGUUUUUUUGAGCCAGCAUAAACCAAGCAUUUCUUUUACAGAAGGCUGAGCCAGGACAGCUGCAGGACCAUCACUGAGCUGCAACUCACACACGAGGGGGUUUGCCCAGAGUCCCCCGUUGUCCCCGUCCCUGCCACGGCUCCCUCCCUCCCCACCACAAACCCCGGGAUUCCUGCACUGACCAAAGCGUGAAGGGAAGGGGGCUGGGUUGGGUUUUCCACACACAGCUUUUCAGGCAGUUCUACUGAUGCAGGAGUUACUCCUUCCCUGUGUUUUGAGUCCUUAGCACAUGGCACACACUUUGCUGGGGCUCAUUCCUGCCUCUGGGAAUGGCCCUCAGUUUUUCUGGCACUACACAUAGAAAGACAAUAUUAUUUUGUUUCCACAGGCAAAGUGCAGCAAACAAACCUGGGCUUGUGAGCUGCACUAAAUUAAUCCAUCAGGCUCUGCUUUGUCCUGUCUUGGAACCCAGAAACUCUUUAGGUGGUGCUGUGGGAUGGGGCUUUGACUCCGGGCCUUGCAGGGGCACAGUUGUCCCAAGGCCCUGCUGCUCAAAACCACAGCACAGAGCAGCUGCUCGGGGUUUGGUCCUGCCUCUCUGUUGGGAAACUGGAAACACCAGCAAUUGUUUUUUGGUUUUUGUUUUUUUUUUUUUAGUUUGUUUUUGUUUAAUACAUCAGAAAAUAGAGGCCAUAAAGAGUAUCCUAGUUCUUAUAUAUGUGUAUCUUAAUAUUAUCUGUCAAUAAUAUAAAUGGCAGUAUAGGAAUGGAAUGUAACAAUAUCUUACUUGAUUAUUACAAAGACAGGGCAGAAUGGGGGGUCCCAGAGUUCCCAGCUCCCCAGGUGCAGUGGGAGGCAGUGCUGGGGGUGUCCCAGGGUGGGAUCCAGGGGGGCAGCAGGACACCCCCAGCUCUGCCCUGCAGGGCUGGGACCCCUCAGCCCCCCGGGCUGGACCUGCCGUGUGCUGCUCCCGGGACAUGGAAAGGGAAAGGGAAGGACAGGGCACGUCCCACGGGGUGUUGGGAGCCCCCUCUGCACCAGUGGAGUUCUGGGAGACCCCCAGCACCCCGCAGGGCUGUCUCUGCUCCUCCUGCCUCACUGCAGAGGUGCUGUCCUGGGCUGGGUCUGGGACACUGGGGUGGAAACCUGUCACUCGCAGAGGGAAUCGUCACCACGGAGCCUUGGCCAAAGGAAAUCACCUUGGACACGUGGGGAAAUCCUUGUAAAGCUUUACCUGAUUUCCAGUGUAUCUAUUUUAUUCAUGUAAUCUUGGAAGUUUUCUUACUCUGGGGAAUGGGAAUGGCUGUCUGUGCAUUCGGGUCUGGGCAAUACAAAAGAAAAAUAUUCUCAACAGCUGAAAUGGCACCGGCUUGGGAGAGACCACAGAAUUCCAGGGAUAUUCUGUUUCUGUACAGUGCUGUUCCUCUGACAGGCCAUUCCCUCGGAUUUGUAUUUUCUUUUUGUGUUGGAAGACAGAUGGGUUUAGUAUUGCAUAGUAAAAUAUUUAAAGUCUAAGA